GCUCGUCCCUUAGGCCCGGGCGGAGUGGGCGGGGCUGACGCUCGUUCCCCAGCCAGGACGUCGAGCUAACUGCGCGAACCCUGCCCGCCUGUCGCCCAGCCAGCCAGCGAACGAGCGGCCGCCGCGGGACGGAGUUGGAGUUUGUCAAGUGGCGUCUGGCGCUCAACAGGAGGCCGCUGCCAGACGAGGAAGCCGCCCGCCCGGCUCAAGAAACCUCGUUCUUCUCUCCCCCCCACCCCCAGCCCCUCUCCUCCUUCGCCAUGGCCGAGGCGCCUCACCCCGUGGAGACCGACCCCGAUUUCCAGCCUCUGGCUCGGCCGAGGUCCUGCACUUGGCCUCUGCCCCGUCCGGAGCUCGCCCCGUCCAGCCCGGGACAGACGCCCACUGCAACUCCGGCGAGGGCCGCGUCUCCGUCCCGCUGCGGGCUGGUCACGGCCCUCGGCGCCUCCUCCUCUUCCUCCGCCGGCGGUGACCUGCUGAGUUUGCUGGAAGCGGGCGGAGGCGAAGGCUUCGAGGCGGGCAGCUCCGGAGCCGGAGACCUCGGAGUUUCAGGCGGUUGCCUUUGCGGGGAGUUCCCGUGCCUUCAGCACCCGCAGCAGCAGCAGCAUGCAGGGCCCGCCGCCUUGGCCUCGGUGACGGGCCCUCGCAAGAGCAGCUCUUCCCGCCGCAACGCUUGGGGCAACUUGUCCUACGCGGACCUCAUCACGAAGGCGAUCGAAAGCGCCCCGGAGAAGCGGCUCACUCUCUCCCAGAUCUACGAGUGGAUGGUCAAGAACGUGCCGUACUUCAAGGACAAGGGGGACAGCAACAGCUCCGCCGGAUGGAAGAACUCAAUCCGUCACAACCUCUCUUUGCACAGCAAGUUCAUUAGAGUACAGAAUGAAGGGACAGGAAAAAGCUCUUGGUGGAUGCUCAAUCCAGAAGGAGGAAAAAGUGGCAAGUCACCCAGGAGAAGGGCUGCCUCCAUGGACAACAGCAGCAAGUUUGCAAAAAGUAGAGGGAGAGCUGCAAAGAAAAAAUCAGCUCUUCAGGCAGGUCAAGAUGGAAAUGGCGACAGUCCAGGAGCACAGUUCUCGAAAUGGCCAGCAAGCCCCAGCAACCAUAGCAAUGAUGACUUUGAUAAUAACUGGAGUACUUUUCGACCUCGAGCCAGUUCGAAUGCUAGUACCAUUAGUGGACGACUUUCCCCAAUUCUGCCAGAACAAGAUGACCUCGCGGAAGGGGACGUGCAUUCGAUGGUCUAUCCUCCAUCCGCAACCAAAAUGGCCUCAACUCUGCCGAGCCUUUCUGAAAUGAGUAGUUCCGAAAAUAUGGAAAGCCUACUGGAUAAUCUCAAUCUUUUGUCUCCAAAUGCAUCAUUGACUGGGUCUACCCAAUCGCCACCUACUACCAUGAUGCAACAAUCUACUGGUUAUUCAUAUACAUCAUCCAAUACAAAUAUAGGUUCAACCAAUGCAGACUACAGGAAGUACAGUUAUGCUCAGCCUAGCAUAAAUUCUUUGUCCCAGAUGCCUAUGCCGACAAUUCAGGACAAUAAAUCGAGCUAUGGAACCAUUAACCAAUAUAACUGUCCAGGACUUCUUAAGGAGUUGCUUACUUCUGAUUCACCACCACAUAAUGACGUCUUAGCCUCGGUAGAUACUCAUGUUUCCCAGCCUAGUAGCCGAGUGCUGGGACAAAAUAUAUUAAUGGUCUCUAACUCUGCAAUAUCACCAUAUGGCAACCAGCAGCCCCACAACAAAAUCAUUGCCCCCAGUGCUCACUCUCACCAAGGACAUGUCCAACCCACAGCGGUAAUAAACAGCCAUACUUUAUCUCUCACCCUUAGCGCUGUGUCUCAUGGUUCAAAUAUGACUCAUUCAACCUCAGCAAAAAACUCAGUCCAGGGGCUCAUGAGCCACCCGAUGCAAGUGAAUAGCAUAAGCCCCUUCACCACGGUGAACAGCUGUAAUGGGUAUGGAAGAGUGGGAAUUGUUUCUUUCCAUCAGGAGAAGCUGCCUAGUGACUUAGAUGACAUGUUCAUUGAACGAUUGGACUGCGAUAUGGAAUCAAUAAUCCGUAAUGAUCUGAUGGAUGGGGAAACGUUAGAUUUUAACUUUGACAGUGUGUUACCUAACCAAAGUUUGCCACACGGUGUUAAAACGACAACACACAGCUGGGUGUCAGGAUAAGACUAGAAGGCUACAGUUUAAAGUGCUUCAGACAUCUCUGACUACAAGAACUGCAUAUGCAUAAAGAAGUCCAAAGAUGUUCUUCAUCUUCUUCGCAAUUUCUUGUAGAUUUUUUUUUCUCUUGUCAGUCUUGGCUGCAGAUCUCUCUUUCUCUCUCUCUCUUUUUUUGUACAAAAUGUUUGCUGCCAGAUUAUUCGCUGCUGUAAGUAAGGAAUGUGCCAUUGGAAGUGUCUUUAUUUGGAAGUGCCAAACUCACUACUAUGUCAUAGAAAAUUAGAAGAUACUUGACUUUAUGCUGCAGCUUUCCCCAAAUAGGUGGCUUCCAGAUGUAUUAAAUUUCAAAUCCCAUAAUCCCUGCUAACAUGGCAGCAGUAUGGGCAAAAUGGUGUAUAGAAUAAGUUGUGGAAGUAAACUUUGUUUCUGCAAAAACAUAUUAGAUUAAAUUAAAAUCAUGGAACAUGGUGAACAGCUUGAUCAAUUUUCUUUUGGCGAAUUAAAGUUGCUGUAAAUUUUAUAUGCGACAAACCAUUGAAUAUAACCCAACCAAAGUUUUGGUAUUCAGAUUUCUACAUUAGAGAGUAUAUUGAGAAGCUUUGUUUGCAUAUGGAGUAGAUAUAUUAUAGAGUUCCAGAUUGAUUAAUUUUAUUAAUAAAACAUAAAAUUUGUAAUACAUCUAUAACUAUUUUCUUACAUUAGCUGUUUUACAAGCUUCUUAAAAAUAUGCAGAAUCCAAUAUUUUAAAAACAUUCAGCAUAUUUUAUACACAGUAUUUUAACAAUAUAAGAGGAGAGAAUUUUUAUUAGCACUCUGUAAGAUUUAUAAGAGAAGGUUUUUACAUAAAAAAUGUCUGGUUUUUAUCUGGCAUGAAGAUUAUCUGUAUUCUUAGUACUAUAUUGACUGUCCAAAAGUCUUAAAUGUUGUUAAAUACUUUGUACAUACAGAUCGUAUUUGUAUUUAUUUUAUGAAGUUUUAUAAAGAUUAUUAGGCAUUUGUGUUAAUAUUUUCUUUAAUAAUCCAUUUUAAUUUACCUUUUUUAAUUGCAUGGUCCCUCAUUUCUUUUUUAUUACUGCCUCCUAUUUUGAUUUGAAGAGAUCAUACAGCUAGAAACUGGUUUACGCUAAUUAUGAUGUAAUAAUGUAUUUUGUAGAAAUAAAUCUUGAUCAUAAUAAUGUAACAAUAGUUUUGCUGGGGUUUACCGACCAUUGGCUUCAACAUCUUACAAUGAUCAAGAAAAGUUCCAAUAAUUUACUCUUAGAUUGAUAAGAGCAGGCUUGCAAUAUAUAAAUAAAUAUAAAUAUCAUUGAAAUUGUGAGCUAUAUGUUAUGUCUCUUUGAUAUAAUAGCCGUGUGGUGCAUCUUUCUUUUAUAUGAUAUUGAAUCUCUUCCCUCCAAAAUCCAAGCAAAGAAAAUAUUUAUUCAAAAAAAGUCUUUAAAUCCUAGCAAAUUUAAUUUUCAAUUCUCUGAAGUAGAUUUCAGGGGCACCUGAGGAAAAGGCAGGAAGACUGGCCCCUCAAACUUGCCAAAUCAUUUUGUUUCAAUGUUUUGGAGAGAGAGGUCAUGAGGAAUAGCCAUGGAUGAUUUAGUGAACAUUAGGUGAGCCCCUGAGGGACAUUUAAGGUUUAACCCUCCUCCAAUGAUUCAAUAUAUCAUGUGGUUCAAUUGCACUUGUCUCAUGGAAGACACAUACAAGGUAUUUUUUGAAGAUCUUAUUUUCAUAUAAUACCACAAGGUGUACAGCUGCAGGAAUAUAUGUUAACUACUACCAGAAUACCCUUAAGAGGAGAAUGUUUCCAUGAGCAUAUUAUAACCUAAGAAUAUUCUAAUAAUGCUGGCAAAGAAUCCUGGGAAAGACUGUUAAAUAUUUUCAUGUCUCUAUGUAUGUUUCAAUUCAGUAUGAAUAUUAGUUGAAUAUUGCUUGCCCAGUUAAAAAACACCUCUGCUCAUUUAAAACAACUGACAAUUAGCGUUACCUGGACCCAAUGCCCAGUAAUGCUGUUACAGGGCAGGAGGACAGGGAAAUUAAAAAAGUAAUGGAGUGUGGUGUUAUAAAAAUCAAUGUGAAGAUUGAUCAUACAUGUUUUUGCAUAUAUCUUUAUAUUCUGUAAUUUUAAAUAAUAGCAAAUGAUGGCUUUGUGAAUUGUGUCAGUUGCUUUUCCAAGCAGCCAGGCUACUCUCUGUCUCAGUCUGUAAAAGAAAUAUGUAAUAGAACUGUUCCAAUUUAAUGUAUUGUUUUCUAAUUAUGUAUUAAUAAUUGCAUUAAUGAGAUCUCUGCUUUGAUAAACUGACAAGUUCUAUGAAAUGAUAAGCUAAUGUUAUAAUGUUGAAUGGUGACAACUCAACAGCAUUUUUUUUUAAAAAAAGAGAUGAUUAUUAAUAUGGACCAGUUCCUUAAAAGUCUUACAUUGCAAUUCUUCACAUGCUUGCUGUGAUAUAAUUCUGACCAUUCAAUGGGUUUGACAUCCUAACAAGCAUGUCUCAGGAUUGCAAUCUUAAAUUUGCACUUGUUCCAAUGAAUUAGACGUUGCUACAACUUUUAAACAUUCUUAAGAUCAUAAGAGUAAAAGUUCAGGCUUAUUAAUUUAUAAUUAAUAUUUCAAGAAAAUGAUUUUGUGCUUUAUAUGGUCUGAAAUUAAUGAUGUGGUUUAAGAUAACAGAGAAAAUGUAACUGCAUUAUAACUAGAUCUUUUAUGAAAAGACUCAUCCUCCACUUUGGUUUCCCUUGUAUCUCCCUCACCAACAUGUUGACAUCCAAAUAUUUCAGAUCAUUUUUGCGAUUUGUAAAGAGAAGGCAAUUUGAUUGCUGAACACCUCAGACUACCUUUUGGAUAUUUGCGGAAAAGUGCCUGAUGUUUUUCCAAACAGAAAAUAAUCCUUUGUAUAAACCCGUACAUGUAUAUGCAUUACUUUAAUGAUCUUGUCCUUCAUAUGCUAUCUGUAUGCUGAUAAAGGAUUCUGUUUAUUUGUUA